UCAUAAUAGUGAAAUUACGAUUGAUCAAAACACGCAUUCCGUUUUAGAACAACUCAAUCCUGCUCAAGUCAGCUUGAACACUUUCAAACCAGCAGCUGCUGUCAUCCCGACCGACCUGUCAAAACUUCAAAGCAAACGGCUUGCCGGAACGAACGGUUUUACUUUGUAGCGCCUACUGACAAAACUUUCCUGCCAUUGUUCAGUAUCGCCUCCCCCGAAAAGAGCAGAAAUUGAUCGGAAAUGAUGGACCCCGUGCUGCAACGCCACCUGAAGGGCCAUCGGGGAAAGCUGACCGGCCUGUCGUUCAACCCGGAAGGGACGCGUUUUGUGACCAGCUCCACCGACCACUCCGCAAUCGUUUGGACCAACAACGAACAGGUACGCUGCAUGCGAUUCGAGGCACACACGGACGUUGUGAACGAUGUGUGCUGGUCCCCGGACGGUCGUAUCAUAUCGACCGUCUCCAAGGACCGAUCGGUAAAGAUUUGGGUCCCCUCGAUGUUGGGCAACAGUGACGAGUUCCGGGGCCACACGUCGAACGUGCGCUCGGUGGAUUUCGAUCCGACCGGCAAGAAGCUGCUCACCGCUUCCGACGACAAAACGGUCAAGCUGUGGAAGGUAUCCCGCAAGCAGUUUCUGUCCUCCUUCACCGGUCACACAAACUGGGUGCGGUGUGCACGGUUUUCGCCGAACGGUAAACUGAUCGCCUCCUGCGGCGAUGAUCGCACGCUGAAGCUGUUUGAUCCGGCGACCGGGCAGUGUGUGCACAGCUUCUACGAUCAGAAGGGGGCAGGCUGUAAGGUGGCCUGGCAUCCGGACAGUACCCUGGUGGCGAUCGCUCUGGACAACUGCCGAGUGAAGAUCUUCGACAUAAACAUAAGGAAAUUGAUCCAGUACUACCGCAUAUACGAUGGGCCGGUAAAUUCGCUCGAUUUCCAUCCGUCCGGCAACUAUCUCAUAACGGGCAGUGACGAUGGUGUUACCAAAAUCAUCGAUCUGCUCGAAGGCCGACAAAUAUUCACACUCACCGGCCAUCGAGGUCCCGUCACGACGGUGAAAUUUUCGAAAGAUGGGCAGCUGUUUGCGACCGGAAGUGAUGAUUGUCAUGUAAUGCUUUGGAAGGCAAAUCUGGAUAAUGACUCGGCACAAAACUCACUGUACACGCCAGAAGGCAGUAGCUUCGAGAGUACGCACCCGGCAGCCAGUGACCAGCGAAAGCUCAGCUUCAAUCGCGACGUGAGCGAAGCACAUGCCGAUGACGACGACGAAUCCGCCUACAGCUGCAACAAGGAAAACCUGCCCGAUACGAGCAUCUUUGUCGAUGCGACAAAGACGGAAAAUUUCAAAAUAUCGGACGCCGUCGAGGAAAUCAUAAUCAAACUGAAUAAACCCUCUCCCAAAAACGAUCCAUCUGAAGCGGCCGGAUUGAGUGUGAGUUUCACCGGAAAGCAGCGCCCUUCGCCGGCACGAAAUUCAGCCGUGCCGCGUCAAGUGCCCAGGUUGUCCACAUACAAUCGGGCUGAUUUCGAAGAGCACGUGAUCGUCUCGUUGAACAGUAUCUGCCGAAGGAUGGACAGUUUUCAGCGAAGAAUAUCCUUACUCGAAGACAUUCUACUCGAACGAUCGUAAACCAGA